UCCGUUUCUUUUUAUUUUUCUUUUAUUUUAUUUUAUUUUUUGGUUUUAAAAUUUACCAAUAACAAGAAUAAUAAUAAUAACAAUAAUAGACCCAAACCAAGAAAGAAAGAAAGUCCAAUAACCCAAGGAAAAAAAUAAAUUAAAAGAAAAAAAGAAGACUGAAAAUAGGUUCGAAAUCUUACCCCAAAAUCUUAUCUCUUAACGAGUCUAACCACUGCCCACUGCUCUUUCAAACCCCAAAAAGAGUCCAAUUAGGUUUUCGGGUUCGUUUCGCGAAAAAAGCCCAAACCAUUUUUCUCUCUGUCUCGUUUGGCGUCGUUUCUCUCUCUUCUUUCUCUCUCUUUCUCUCUGCUAAACCCUAGAUCUCGAGCUCUCGCGGAGCCCUGAAGCUCGGUCUCCGAGCUUCGACUUCUGCCUCAACGGAAGAUUCUGCUCUCGGUUUCGAAUUACUAUUCGGAUAUUUAUACUUGCAAGGAAAAAGCAGGAUAUUUAUACUUGCAAGGAAAAAGCAGGAUAUUUAUACUUGCAAGGAAAGAUGGCUGCAUCUGUUGAAGACCAGAUGGUCUCUACUAAUGUUGAAACUCAUAUGGUCACCACUCAUGAUGAAACCCACUUGGUCACCACUCAUGAUGAUACCCAUGUAGUCACCACUCGUGUUGAAACUCAGAUGAUUUCUACUCCUGUUGACCACCAGAAUCAUCAGAUGGUGAAUACUGAUGGCGAACACCAGAUGGUGAAUACUGAUGGGGAACAUCAGAUGGUGAAUACUGAUAGCGAACACCAGAUGGUGAAUACUGAGGCCGAACACCAGAUGGUGAAUACUGAGGCCGAACACCAGAUGGUGAAUACUGAGGCCGAACACCAGAUGGCCACCGCUCCUAUGGAAGACCAGAUGGUUGAACACCAGAUGGUUGAGCAUCAGAUGGUCUCCACCCCCAUGGAACACCAGAUGGUCAUCAACCAUGUUGAAGACCAAAUGGUGAAUACUGAUAGCGAACACCAGAUGGUGAAUACUGAGGCCGAACACCAGAUGGUGAAUACUGAGGCCGAACACCAGAUGGUGAAUACUGAUGUUGAACACCAGAUGGCCACCGCUCCUAUGGAAGACCAGAUGGUUGAACACCAGAUGGUUGAGCAUCAGAUGGUCUCCACCCCCAUGGAACACCAGAUGGUCAUCAACCAUGUUGAAGACCAAAUGGUGACUACUCCUCUUGAAGAUAAGAUUUUGGAGACCCCUGACAGUGAGAAGAUGGAAACCCCUGAUGAAGGCAAGAUGCUAACCCCUUAUGAGGAGAAGAUGUUAACCCCUUACGAACAGAAGACUCCAAACUCGUAUGAAAAUAAUGAGAUAACUAAUCCAGAAACUCAGCCUAACAAGCGGAGGAAGAAGAAGUCUAUAGUCUGGGAGCACUUCACAAUUGAAACUGUGAGUGCUGGAUGUCGGAGGGCAUGUUGUAAGCAGUGCAAGCAAAGUUUUGCAUAUAGUACAGGUUCGAAAGUUGCAGGUACAAGCCACCUAAAACGCCAUAUUGCAAAGGGUACCUGCCCUGCAUUGCUUCGCAACCAGGAUAAAAACCAGUUAAGCCCGUAUACCCCUAACUCAAGAGCGGGCAAUAGCCCUUCUGAUCCACCAAAACGACGAUACAGAACCAGUAGUGUGCCCCAAAUUAUGUUUGACCCUGAUAGGUGCCGCCAUGAGAUUGCUAGGAUGAUCAUUAUGCAUGAUUACCCCCUUCAUAUGGUUGAGCAUCCAGGGUUUUUAACUUUUGUUCAGAAUCUUCAGCCGCAGUUCAACAUGGUAAGCUUCAACACCGUCCAAGGGGAUUGUGUUGCAACGUAUCUAAUGGAAAAGCAGAACCUUAUGAAGUUUAUUGAGGGCAUACCAGGUCGUGUUUGCCUUGCCCUAGACUUGUGGACUUCAAGUCAAAGUGUUGGCUAUGUUUUUAUCACCGGUCACUUUAUUGAUAGUGAUUGGAAGCUGCAAAAGAGACUUCUUAAUGUUGUGAUGGAACCAUAUCCGGACUCCGAUAAUGCCUUUAGCCAUGCUGUUGCUGUUUGUCUUCAUGAUUGGAGUUUGGAGAACAAAUUGUUUUCUCUUACAUAUAAUCAGCCACUCAGUGAUGCUGCACUUGAAAAUCUGAGGCCACUACUGUCCAUUAAAAACCCACUUAUCCUCAAUGGCCAAUUAUUGGUUGGGAAUUGCCUUGCCCGUGCUUUUAGCAGUAUUGCUAAGGAUGUUUUGUAUGAGGUUCAUGAAAAUGUCAGAAAGGUUCGGGAAAGUGUGAAGUUUGUGAAGACUUCAGAAUCCCACGAGGAAAAAUUCCUUGAGCUCAAGCAACAUCUUCAGGUCCCAAGUGAAAGGACCCUGUCUCUAGAUGACCAAACUCAAUGGAAUACAACUUAUCAAAUGCUAGUGGCUGCUUCCGAGUUAAAGGAAGUCUUCUCUUGCUUGGAUACAUCUGAUCCCGAUUACAAAGCAGCCCCGUCCAUGGAUGAUUGGAAGCAGGUUGAGAUAGUAUGCAUGUACUUGAAGCUUCUCUUUGAUGCAGUUAACAUCCUUACUACCACAACUAACCCAACUGCAAUUACUUUCUUCCAUGAAGUAUGGAAGAUUCAGUCAGAGCUCGUUCGUGCAGCUACAAGUGAAGAUCCUUUCAUUAAUGCCUUGACGAAAAGAAUGCAGGAAAAAAUCGAUAAAUACUGGAAGGAGUGUAGCUUGGCUUUAGCAACUGCAGUAGUCAUGGAUCCUCGCUUCAAAAUGAAGUUAGUUGAAUUUAGUUUCAACAAAAUCUAUGGUGAAGAUGCCCCCACAUUUAUCAAGGUAGUUGAUGAUGGAAUUCAUGAGCUUUUUCAUGAAUAUGUGGCCCUUCCUCUGCCCUUGACUCCCACUUAUGCCGAAGAAGGAAAUUCGGGCAACAGUAGGACAGAUGAACAGCAAGGAGGAACUCUUUUGUCAGACAACGGACUCACAGAUUUUGAUGUCUACAUCAUGGAGACCACAAGCCAACAGAUGAAAUCAGAGCUGGACCAGUAUUUGGACGAGUCUCUGUUGCCUCGUGUCCAAGAGUUUGAUGUGUUGGGGUGGUGGAAACUGAACAAACUGAAGUACCCAACUCUUUCAAAAAUGGCUCGUGACAUUUUGUCAAUUCCAGUAUCCACACUUCCUUCUGAAUCUAUAUUUGAUACCACUGCCAAAGAGAUGGAUGGGUACCGAAGUUCCUUGCGGCCUGAGACCGUCGAAGCCCUCAUAUGUGCAAAAGAUUGGAUGCAGUACGGUACAGCAGGCGUUUCAAAUGCUCUUGUAAGAAUGGAAUAUUGAUGAGCUUCUGGGUUCAUUAGUAUCAUCCUCCCUCAGAUUGUGAAUUAUAUGUUUUGGUGAUACUUUUGCCCAGCCAGAACUAAAAAUGUAAGUUGGUAGGUGCUGUAAUAUUUGUUUAGCCAUUAGUUUCAAUUUCAUCAUUAGGUUGGGAUUUUGUAUCUUUCUCAGAGAUCAUUUGUAAUGCUUUGACAUGACACCAUUUCUUAGCUUGUUAGUGCUAGAUCUUUGCAUUGGUUCUAAUUUAUCCAUUAAGAAAAAUGCUUGUUAGGUAAGAAACAUUGGAACAGGGCAGAUUUUAGAUCAGUUCUUUGAUAUUAGUACUAUUGGACCAGGAUAAUACUCUUUUUAUAGCCUUGUAGGGCUAGAAAGGAGCUUUCGCAAGUUUGUACAUGACUACUUCUUGAUUGUGGGAUUUUUCCUGUCACUCUUUUUUUUCAAAUGUAAAAUAAGUUUGACUC